AUGUCUGCCACGACCGCGCCCUCGCAAAACUACGACUACCUGCGCCGCAAGCAGAGCACAAAGGCGCCCGUCUCGUCCAUCACACCGAUCCGCAAGCCCGUGAGGACGCCCAGCGAGCGCAACAGCAACGGCACCGUCAGCUCCUAUGCUACCACCGCCACGCGAGACACCAACAUCACAGAACCGCCCACCUACUCGAAGAAGCUGGUCGUCGUUGGCGACGGCGGCUGCGGCAAAACGUGUCUUUUGAUUAGCUACAGCACAGGCAACUUCCCAGAGAAAUAUGUGCCCACCGUCUUCGAGAACUACAUCACCCACACACCCCAUCCGCCCACGGGUAAGAUGGUGGAAUUGGCGCUCUGGGACACUGCUGGACAGGAAGAAUACGACCGGUUGCGCCCCCUCUCCUACCCCGAGACGGACAUCAUCUUCGUUUGCUUCGCUAUUGACUGCCCAAACUCGCUUGAAAAUGUCAUGGACAAGUGGUACCCCGAGGUCCUUCAUUUCUGCCCAACCACCCCUCUCAUGCUUCUUGGCCUCAAGUCAGAUCUGCGCAACAAGAGAAGUUGUAUCGAGCUGCUGAAGACCCAAGGCCUCACACCGGUAACUCCUGAUCAAGGCCGCGCCGUUGCCAAGAAGAUGGGCGCCCUGUACAUGGAGUGCAGCAGUAAAGAGCAGGACGGCGUAGAAGACAUCUUCGACCGCGCCGUAACCGAGGCUGUCGGCGACGAGUAUAAGGAGCCAGCACCCACAUCACAUUCAGUCACCCCGGGCGCACCGCGAGCAGACGCGCGAUUCCCCAGUGGCGGUAAGAAGACCAAGAAGCGAGAAAAGUGCACCAUUCUCUAA